GUGGAAUCCAUCCCUUUUUUUAUUAUGUAAUGGACAACACUUCUACUCAUGGUCAGAAAAUGACCACUGUUUCCAAAAGGUAGCAGUUUACAUGAGUAGAAAAUAAUAAAAUUUAGAAAUGGUGGUCAAAAUGGCCGCCAUGGAUGACCAUGAAAGAAAAAUUGUUUUAGAAUUUUGUCACUUACUUGACAAAUCUAAAAAUCUGUUCAAUGGACUAAGGGACCUUCCACAGUAUGGGCAUAAGCAAUGGCAAACUUACUUUGGCAGAACUUUUGAUGUUUAUACAAAACUUUGGAAAUUUCAGCAACAGCAUAGACAAAUUCUUGAUACAAAAUAUGGUCUGAAGAGAUGGCAAAUAGGUGAAAUUGCUUCCAAAAUAGGACAACUUUACUAUCACUAUUAUUUGAGGACUAGUGAAACUAAUUAUUUGAAUGAAGCAUUUUCUUUCUAUUCUGCCAUCCGUGGUAGGGCGUACUAUUCUCGAGCUUCCAAAGAAGACAGGUUAAUUUUUAAAACAAUUAUAAUUCUUAUUUCAUGAACGAAUCUCAAAAGGUAAGUGCAAUUUAAUAAUAUCUAAUCAUUUGUAUAGUCCUCAUUUUAAUAGGUCUGACCUAAUGGUGAAGAAGUUGAGGUAUUAUGCCAGAUUCAUUGUUGUUUGCCUUUUAUUGAAAAAAAUGAAAUUAGUCAGAGAUUUAGUAAUGGAAUUAGAUAAGCAGAUAGUAGAUUAUACGAGCACCUACGAACCUGAUGACCAACUGGAAUGGUCUCUUGUUCUUGAUGAGAUUAAAAGCUUUAUUAAAGCUGAUGGCAUUGUUAGUGUGCUUCAUGCUGAUUCAAAUACAAUAGUUUUAUCGCAUAGGCUAAGUCCUUUAACCACGCCUCCAGUUGAAAAGUCUACGAUAAUGAAUUUAUCACUUCAGGAAAUAGUAAUUAUUGGGAAUUGUUCUGACCAGGUCAAAUUCAGCGAGUUGACAAUGGAUAUGUUUAGAAUGCUGCAGACGUUGGAACGGGAGCCUCAAGAGGAUUACAAUCAUUUGUAUGAUUCACCAGCCCCUGGCAGAGUGCCUUUUGAAAAAAGCUAUAGUGUAUCGAGUGCCAAGGGUGGUGUAGGCUACCCAGCGAUGGUAAUGUGCCAGGAGAAUGGAGAUCGCCCGUCCAAAAGAGAGAAUCCGCACAAAUAUCUCUUGUACAAACCCACUUUUAGCCAAAUCAUGGUUUUCUUAGCUUCAGGUUUUAAAGAACUGCCAGCCAACGGUGCUCUUUUACUUUAUAUUUCUGCCGAUGGAUGUUUUGGUUCAACAAAGCAUCCUGAAGACAUGGGUUAUGACUUAGGCGGUGUAGUUACGAAUAGUAAGCGAGAAGUUGAUCAUUCAAAUAAAAAAGGUGCUCAUUCAAAGGAUAUGCAUUGUCUCUAUCCUGGUGAUUUGUAUCCAUUCACACGGAAGCCUUUCUUUGUCAUUGUGGACUCUGACAACAGCUUUGUAUUCCAACACUUACCGAGGUAUUUUGGACAACCUCUGGUCAUCCUUAUGUCUCCACAGGACAUCCCUCCUAACUUUCAUGAACAACAGCACAAUGGAAACCUGUUUACAAUGUUUCUACACAGCCCGCUCACUGCAUUUUGUUAUAUUUGUAGUAUUACUAAUGUUCCGAUUCAUCAUUGGGAACGUUGCCAGUCAUUUAUUGACCGUUUUGUAACCGAAGCUAGUCGCCUUCUUACAAGGAGUAGAAUAGAUCCUGUAUAUUUACAAUUUUUCGGGGACGAUUUCUUGAGACUCCUAGUUCUUCGAUAUGUUUUCUGUGAUAUAGCUCUUCAUUUGCAUCGCUCCUUUAAGAGUCGCCAUUUGAGGCCCAGAUGCCAUCCAGCCCUGCCUGAAAGCGAGCUCCUCGAACACCCAGCACUGAUCCAUCUAGUCCUUGACUUGGCCUUACAUUUGGAGGUGCGAUCACAUUUCAUAGACAGCAACGAGCUGGAAUGAUCUACAGCUCGGGGGCGGGCGAGCCCGAUCCCCCGUGGUUCCCGACCCAGGUGACCCACCUCACGGCAACCUAUUUCCACUGAAAAGCUCCUUGCUCUCGCUGUCUCCCUGUUCCUCUCAGAGCUAGCUGUACUCCUUGUUGUCGGCUUCAUCAUCGAGUCAGAUCUGUUUGCUGUUAAAACAGUUUUGAGGCACCCUUGCACUAUUUUUAAUUGAAUAUUUUAUCGCUUACAUACUUUGUUGAAAACGUCACUUUUGUUUUUAUUUUAUAUUUUUAUUUUUUUGUUGUUUUAAUCUUUUGAUAAAAUAAAUAUUUUGUAUUUUUA